AUGUACAAACCAUCCGUCAAUCUACGUGAAGCCCUGGAGAAGGCUCGCAAAAGAGAGCAAAUGUCGCGAACGAAGCAACAAGAGAAGGAGGCGGCGACUUGCGCGGCGGUACAAAGAAACCCCGCGGAACCCAACACGUCUCAUCCAAUCGAGAGUACCAGUUCCCGAUCGUGGUGCCCCUAUUGUGCACGGUUCGGUCGACGGGCUUAA